AUGAAAAAACGAAAAGAAGAGUUUGACGACUAUUACGAUGUGUAUGAGGAGAACUGGACAAACGAUACAUUCGAGGAACUAGAAUAUACACAGAGCUUGGAAAAAAAUAUAAAAAAAAAAUUAAGUAAAGAAGAGUCAAAGCAAAGUAUAUUUUUCUGCACAGAUGAUAACACUAAAAUGAGUAAUGUAGAGGAAGCGCAGCUAAGAAGGAGCGAUUUAAAUUUAAUUAAUGAGUUAGAAACUUCCAAGGAGGAGAAGGGAGACCUCGAUUUAAAAUUUAGCAGAGUAAGCGAGAGGGGAGGUCUCCAUGGGAAUGGUCCAGAAAUGGGGUUAGGCCAAUCAGCCGACCAAAUGGAUGCAUACCCCCCCGAGAAUCACACAGAUGAUCAGCACUCCGAGGGCCAUACAUAUGACCACCACUCCGGGGACCAAGCGGAUGAUCGCAUCAGUGACAAACUAGGAGAAAGCAAAAAAACAGAUCAGGAGCUAUUUUUAUUUAAAGACAUUUACGAAGAGCUAGAAAAACGCCCAAACAAUGAAAAGGACAGUACUUACCCAUAUGAUGAUAACUUUUGCAAAGAAAAUGGCGAUGCACGAUUUUUGGAUAAAUUAGAAUUCACCAGCAGUAACAACGAAUCAGACAACGCAGAAGAUCGGUCAGGCAAUUUAUUUCAUAUGGAUAAGUCAUCCAUGGAUUUGUGGGAUAAAAUGAAUAGCAACGGUGCGGCAAGUUACGGGAAUGGCGUAGACUGCCUCGAUGGUGGCCCUUAUGGAGACUACGACAAUGGAGAUAGCGCCAAUUUUUCUAACGUAUGUGACAUUAGUCCCCAGAGGAGCGGGGCGUUUCUCCAUAGUGGGUAUAGCAUCUGUGAGGAUCACAAAGGAACUUCUCCAAACGGAAAGGAUGGUCACAUGCAUCAUAGUAACAGCAGUGCAGGCUGCUCUAUCAUGAAGAGUCGAACUGAUGAAUAUGGGGAGAAGUUCGACGCGCAGGCGGAUAGCCCCUUCUCUUCCUUUUUGAAGGAGCAAAUGGGAAUAAGCGAAUCGGAAGGGGGCAGCAAAGACAUGGGUUAUUUCAAAAGGGAUGGUAAUUCAUCAGGGGGGAGCGAGGAAAGGAACGAAGAAGACGCAGUGGGCCUCUCAAAUGGUGACAUGCCAGAAGAAAUGAACUCACCUUAUAGUAAUAGAAACAGAAAAGGUGUUGGAAAUUUUUCGUACCAAAGUAGAGACUCCCACCCGAGAGCAGACGAUGCGUACUCUGGGAAGAGUAUCAAACGAAGUGACACCUCUUUGGGCAACAACAAGGGUUAUGACAUCAGCAUGACGAAUAGCAACCUUAUCAGAGAGGAGUCUUUACACAACUCCCACGACUACAAUCUUUCAAAGGCGAGCAGCAGCUUAAGUUUAAGUAAACUUAAUGACAGUGCGAAAAAAAGCAAAAGAGUCGUUUUACGCAGUAGUGACAAUGACAUUAACGCCGAUUCAUUUGGAGUGAAUUCAAAGAGCAGAGUGAGGGGUUACCGUUCCCAUGGUGAAAGCAAACCAAAAGGAGUCAACAAAACAGGUAGUCGAACCUUUUCCGUGAGGGAUAACCGCGCCGAGAGCACCGAGAACACACCAGUUAGGAAAACAACCCACACAAGAAAAGACAGUGACGCUACUUCAGAAAUUAUGAACAACAAUUUGAAACUAAAAAACAACAGUAAGAAAAACGAGGGAAGAUGGAAAAAGGAGGAGAAGACCCCUCAAGAAGGCACCAACCUUAAGGGCUUUCAAAAAAGACGCACCAGUAGCGGCCAUAGCGGGAAAACAUCGAACAGUUUGGCCUCACCUAAAAAGAACACUCGUGGGUAUUCUUCAAACGAACUAAACAAAAGGGACGACUCUGCUCAUAGCAGCUCAGAUAGCAAUUUCAUUUUUGUCAACAAGAAAAGAACCAAGGGACAGGAAAAUGGAACUGUCACAUGCAACAGCAAUGACAGCACGGACAUUUGCGUCGACUUGAAUGAUGAAGAAUCGUGGGACGAAACGGACAGGGCAAACGAUAAAAAAGGGGACGCAAAGAAGAAAGGAAUCGUAGCGAUGAUAAAGGAUAGGUACAAGAAAAAGAAAAAGAAAGACGAAGCGGAGGAAGAAGGUGCUAUGGGAAGAAGGAGACACUCUAGCGAUAAAGGGGGUAGCAAAAAAGACGUGCCGCUUAAUCAUGAGGAGAUUACCGAACAAAGCAACAGUGACCAACUGAAGGAGCUAGGAAAGGAAUUAAACAACCAAAUAAAUAAACUAGAAAGGGAACAAGGUAAAGUUAAGAGGUUAGAAUAUGAGCUCAUUGCGAAAAGUGCAGAAAUAGAACUUGAGAGAGAAGAAAUGAAAAACAAAAUUGAAGAGGAAAAAAAAAUGAUGAUGAAAAAUAUGGAAGAAGAAAAAAAAAAGUGGAACAAAGAAAAAAAAAGAAUAGAAAGUGAAGUAGACAAACAGAGGACUAUCAUAAUGAGCAAAAGAAAACUAACCAACGAAGUGGCAAUGUUCAAAAAUAAAAUUAAAGAAUUGGAAGAAAAGCUGACAACGGAAAAGAGGCAGCACAAAAUAACUGUUGAGAAAUUGAGAAAACAGGUCGAAAGUCUAAAAAUUGAAAAUGAAAAGCUCAAAACGGAGUUAAAAAUUUCGGACGAAUAUAGAAGUAAGCUAGAAAAUUACCAGCAGAAAACCAUCAUGAAGUUAGCAACGAAUGUGGUUCAGGAGAAGAUGGUAAAAAAUGCCGAUGCGAAAAGUUUGCCUCAUUUUUCAGAUUGUUCAGGAAGUUCCACCCCAGUGAAGGGCAAGCCAAAGAGGGAAAGUGGAAAAGCGGAAAUCGAAUCUGAUUCGUUAUAUCAACAUAUCAGCAGAGAUGAUAAAACACUCCAUACAAAUUCACUACGAGAAAGCGACACCUCUGUAGUGGCAUCGAAAGAGAUAAAAGGGAAAAAAAAAAUUACUCUUAACGAUUUAUUUGUGCACAAAAAUGACAUGAAGAUUGGGCACAGCGCCGCAAAGGAUGAUGCGUCUAUAGAUAAAAAUUUAGAAAAAAUGAAAUUCCUAUUACAGAAAAAUAGAAAUGCCCCAAACAGGGACAAGGUAUACAACGAGGAAGACAGCAGUAGCCAUACUACGAAUGAACAUAAUAAAAUUUUUAGAAAGUAUUUUUUUGACCACUCCAGCAAAAUAAAUGACAAAUUAUCUUACAAUAGUGGCUUCACAAACGAGGAGGAAGAAAAAAGGGACCCCCACGAACAGCUCAGGAAGGCCUCCUUCCUAACGAACUACACCAAACAGGAUAAGCAAAAUGGGAGUGAUGAGAAGCAACGAGAUGAAAAGCAACGAAAUGCAGGGGUCCCACUGGGAAGAGUCCACGGAGAUGCACCCAUGAGCGUUUCAGCGGAAAGGUUGACGAACGAGUUGGGAAUCCAUACGAAGGGUGAUUACCCAGCCAAGGCGUCAAAAAAUGGAAAGGAGACCAUGCCAACAGAUAGAGCAAAAAAUGGCACAAGUAGCAACAUCCCCACGAAGAGUAACACACUGUUUAGACCUUAUGGGGGGGAAGGACCAUCCUCAUUAAACACACGCAGUGGUGAACUAAAAAGGAACAACAUCAUCGGACGAAACAGCAACGACGACAACGAGUUUGCAAAGAAUAACCUAGAGUCGAGAACCCGCUCGAAGAUAUCUCCAUCUAGAACAGACCACUUAAACCCAUUUGGCAAAAACUGGGAUUUCAUAAUAAAUUUCAAUUUUGACGAAUUAUUUAACAGCUGCGAAAAUGUGAUCGAAUCGAUAUUCUCGUCGACGAAGAAGAUGAAAUAUAGACAGGCAUUUGUCGAUGGCAAGGUGGAAACGUUAUUUGAAGAUGGCUUACGAAUCAUUGAGAAAAACAGAAACAAGAAAAUUGUGGACCCCACGAAUUUGACUAUUUAUCUGUACCCCAGUAAGGAUUACCGUGCGCAGUUGCCAAAUUCGUACACGCUAUUCCGCUUUGUAAACAAAGGCAUUUACCAAGUGAACAUACCGAAUAAAUGCCAACUGAAUAAGUAA